CAAUGUUCGGAUGCCUACACAAUCAACUGAAUGGAUUUCAUAAUGUGACUAUUUCCGGGCUAUGUAUAAAGAGAAGCCACAAAGCCUCACAUCGAUAACUAACCUGCAAUCAGAGGAUGGAUUCGAAGUCGAUUAUCGUCGAUGUCUCUGAAUCCCCGUCCAAUCAUGUCACCCAAAUUACUCUGGAUGACAUGUAUAAGGACGAGUCCGUGGAUGUGGUGUACCAGGCGAAGUCUCGUGUGCUGAACAAGGCAAUUCAAGAGAUCGGUAUGGGCAAGUACCAGAAACAGCUGUUCAUCUGCGCGGGUUUCGGUUGGUUUGCUGACAGUGUCUGGCCACUUGCCAUCGCCCUCAUUCUGACGCAGACUAGCGCAGAGUUCAACUUUAACGGCCCAUACCUUACUUUGGCUGCCAACGUUGGACUACUGGUGGGUCCCGCCAUAUGGAGCGUGGGGUGUGAUACGUGGGGAAGAAAAUGGCCGUUCAACCUCACUCUUCUCAUAGCCGGAGUAUUCGGAACUGCCGCUGGUGGUUCGCCUGAUUUCGUUACUCUUGCGUGCUUAUUGGCCAUCGUUUGCGUCGGCGUUGGCGGUAACCUUCCCGUGGACUCUGCGGUAUUCCUAGAUCUCGUUCCCGGUACUCACCAAUAUCUUCUCACCCUCAUAAACGUCUGGUGGUCUGUGGGUUCCUUGCUUGGCAGCCUUCUUGCAUGGCCUCUCAUAGCCGACUAUUCCUGUCCCGAGGAUGCCUCAGUUUGUGAUCGUGCGGAUAAUAUGGGGUGGCGCUACCUUCUAUUCACCCUAGGAGGAGUAACUCUUCUGUUUUGGUUUCUGCGUCUCUUUUACUUCGAUCUUCUCGAAAGUCCCCGCUUUCUUAUAAGCGUCGGAAAGGACGCUGAGGCUGUUUCCAUCAUUCAUAAAAUUGCUAAAUAUAACGGAACGACGACCGAUUUGACUGUCGAGCAUCUCAAUGAGGCAGCAGAAAAGGCGGCAAACUUAGGCAUACCUAUAAUUCCCCGGACCGCUACCUUUGGACUGCAGCAUGUAAAGGGUCUCUUCAGCACAACAAAAAUGGCAGUUUCUACCACCCUUUUGAUCGCGCUCUGGGCAAUCAUCGGACUCGCAUAUAAUCUCUAUAAUUGUUUCUUGCCAUAUCUUCUAACGACCCGCGGAAUUGACUUCGGAGACGGAUCGCUUUACAUCACAUAUAGAAAUCAAUUCAUUCUCAGUGUUAUCGGCAUCGUUGGAGCCCUGGUUGCAGGAUGGACUGUCGAGGUAUCCGGCAUCGGUCGUAAAGGCACUUUGGCAAUCUCAAUGGGGCUCACUGGUAUCUUUUUAUUGGCAAGUACCACUUCUCGUAGUUCUAAUGCAUUGCUGGGAUGGAAUUGCGGAUAUAAUUUCAGUAUCAAUAUGAUGUGGGGAGUUAUGUACGCCUUUUCGGCCGAGAUAUUCCCUGCUCCACACCGUGGCACUGGCAAUGGUUUGGUUAAUGUGGCUACUGCUGCAUUUGGUGUUCUUGCACCUAUCGUUGCUCUAUACGCGAACCUUUCCACAUCUGUCCCUGUGUACAUAUCAGGCACGCUCUUUGUUUUCUCGGGAUUUUUGGCGUUGUUCCUUCCCUACGAGCCCUAUGGUAAAGCAUCAAUAUAGGGAUUGGUUACACUGGAAAACUAUACUACCUAGGCAUACAUCGAACUUUAUUAAAGGCAAAUCCAAUUUAUUCUUUUCC